CCGCCUCGGACUUUGAUCGCUGUUAUGUUGAAUCAGCCUGCCGAAGCCAUGGAGAAACGAUCGCCGCCGCCAGCAGGACAAGCAGACCAAACAGGACAAGUAGGCCAAGCACAGCCUUCAGCAUGCCCGCCAAUACCAUUGGGUACCGCAGGGGCCCAGAACACUAGUUCAUUUAGCUCAUUUCAACUGCCUAGCAACAACCUUAACAACGCGUGGCUGUCCGCGCACCCGACUCCAUCUAAUAACGAUACUCAGUUAUUGCCCGUGAAUCCAACCCCGCAUGAAAACGGCAUAACAUCAUUAUGGACAGAAGGCAACGAGAAAGCGUCAUGGACACAAGGCAGCUCUGCAGAAUCAGAAGCACUAACUAGCAUAGACGAGUGUUUUCCUGCUUUAUGGCAACCGCAGGAAACAGCAAUCGGUCAAGGUCGGGAUCCCGACAGAAAUCAGCCCAAGCCGCUCAGGACAAUAUUACCGUCAUCAGUUCAACAAGGGGCAGCGAAAGCAACUCUACGGAACAACAGGUAUCCCCCCCAUGAGGGUGAGAGCUAUCUCGUCGAUCCCAUACCUAAUCCCUCCACUGUCAAGAAGCCAAAGAAGCCAAGGGUGUCCAUCCGCGCCAAUCUUUUGGUGCCAACUACUGCUCCGGUUGCAGUCACUACUGCUCUUAUGCCAUCGGAUACCGCUCCUGUCCCAGUAGCGACCAUUCCCGCUCCAGCAAAAACCACUUUAACAAAUAUGUCAAACAACGCACAAGACAGGAUGGCACAGGAGGACAAUUCAUCCGUACGUGUUACUUCUGUCCGAAUAGGUGCUGCUUCUGCCUCAGCAGAUAUCACUUCCACAGCGCCUUCAAACAACAUAGAGGUUCGGCAGGUAGAGGACGCUAAUUCAUCUAAUAAGCGACGACCUCGAGAGAGGUCAACACGUCUCGGUCUAAAGAGACGCGGGAAAUACAGGCCUCGGAAACCCAAGGCCUGGCUACGACUCUUCAUGGAUCCGAACUCUCUUUCUCCUGUUGGUGAUGACAAUGCUGAUAAGAGCGGUGAUGAUGACGAUGAUGACGACGAGAGACCGGCAAAGCGAUCCAAAUCGAUCAACAAGCAGUACGGGCCACGCCUUCUCGACAAAGAUGGCAAUCCAUGGUUGCUGGAUCCUCCAGUUAUGGAAUAUCCUUAUCUUCAGGAAGCAUUCCCUUACGAAGAGUAUAAGACACCUGAGAAUCGCGUGGAAACGACUACAUAUGGGACGAUGCCGAACCCGCUACCGGAUGCUUGGUAUGCGCCGCAGAGUCCGUUCAUUACUCGGGAUUUUUUCUCGAUCAAGAAGUUUGAAUACGCGAAAAAGCUGUUCAAGGCAAUAGAGGUUAAUACGGCGGACUUGAGGAUGGAUAUCUAUUAUCAACGGGGUUUCGAAUUGGCGUCGAAGAGAAUGUUGGACCGCGUCAGGGCAGAGAAGUGGAAGGCACUGGAAACAAGGAAUGGUAAGCAAUCGGAUAGGGAUACCACUGAAUUACAUUCGGAUAAAGGAGGCAGUGGAUUGAUAAUGCGACCGCAGGACCCUGAUCGUGUGUAUCAGCCACUCAAUGCAUCUGUGGAAGCGCAGAGCCCGAGGGAUCAGACGCAGGACGUUCGAUUCCAAUCUACUAACGGGGAUUCCGGGCCGUCCUCGACAGCAUCUUCUCCCGCAGCUCAGCUGAUGGACCCGAAUACUUCGCGCGGGGAGCAAACGCAUUUGAGCUCCGCGUUGUCCAGCACGCAGCCAGUUGCCGCUUCAGCCCCAGGCGCUCAAUCAUUAACAGCGUCUUCUUCUACAGCCGCGCUGUUUUCUUCGUCCCUAUCUUCGUCCUCCGCGCCCGUUGCAGCAGUAGGGCUGUCUUCGCCAACAGCUUCAUCCUCUGCGCCCUCUACUGCAGUAGCAACAGGGGCUCCGUCUUCAUCAUCAUCGUCCUCGUCCUCUGCUCUUUCUACUGCGAGUGCGAGUGCGAGUGCGACCGCACCUGAAACAGGGCCCUCACCCGACUCAUCGUCCUCUAAACUCGACGAACCCACACUGACAGACUAUUACCAAGUGAACACCUACCUCGCCCAACUCUUUGUCCCGAUGGUCAAAAACGAUCCCAUUCCUCUCUCGCCUGCUGCUUAUCGAAUCCUACAGACUAUGAUGAUGGGGAUGGAGAACAAGAUUAUCGCCAUGGGCUGUCAACGCCAGCGUGCAGAACUCACAGCCCGCUUGUCGAAGGUUGAUGCAAAGAGUCGUCGAAAGGAUCUGAGACAGUACCGUCGGCCGAAGAUUGUUGAUGUUGAUGAGUGGAUCUUUGGGUAUCCAUUUAAUCGACGCGAGGAUGAGGAGGAGUAUUUGAGAGAUCGGAAGAAGCAGGAGGAGGCGAUGGCUUUGAGACCGGGCCAGAGACCGGCGUUUGUGUCGAAUCCGUUGGAGAUUCCACUGGAGAUGGAGCCAUUCCAUCAGGCGAGAGAGAGAAUGCAGAAGUGGAAGAAAUAAAAUAAUGCUCCCUUAGCAGGUUACUUUUUUUUUCGCUCAGGGAUGCAGGUUUUUCUUUUGUA